AUUAAUAUAGGUUUAACAUGGCUUUAAAAGAAAUAACAAAUACCAAUUUGUUUACAAAAAAAGAAAUUUUGGAGGACAUUAUGGAAAACGAUACGACUUUUGAAAUAACUGGCUACGUCAGUUCAAUAUUUCAAAUUAAAUCAACCACAAGAAAUGGCAAAACAACGCAUCUUUUUAAUUUUAUUAUGAGCAACGGUGAAAUUACCAUUCAAAUUGCUGCCUGGAAUGAUUUAGCUUUUAAAUAUGCAGACAUAAUAACUCAAACAGAACAAGUUUAUUCUCUACAAAAAGUGGUACCUAAAAUCCCUUUGAGGAAAGAAUAUUUACAUAAUGCUUCAUUUCCAUACGAAUUAUUAAUCCGAAGUUCCACUAUUGUCGUUCCUAUUGGCAUUUAUAAAAUACCAAAAGAAAUUGAAACAAUUUCUUUGAUUAAAAUGCAAAAUGCCAGAACCAAAAGUGGUUUAAUAAUAGAAAUGGAACAUCAUAUAAAAAUGAUUUUUGAAAAAUCAUCUAAUAAUCAUUUUUACAUUGGAGCGAUUACAGAUGGUUAUUAUAAACUGUCUGUUUUAAUAACAUGUAAUGGAGAAUUUGAAGAUAAUUUCACUUACGGCUCACCAAUUAAAGUAAUAGGAAAAAUGCAAGUACCUGAAAAUAAACCUCCAUAUCUUUCAGUUUCGUCAGUGGAAAAUGUGCAAUUAAUUGACGGCGAAAAAAUGUCAUUUUUGCAAACCUUAAAAGGAUAUCAUCCUAUUCCAUAAAUUUUAACAAAAUUAUUUUCUUUACGAAGAGACAAUU